GGAUUGUGGAGUAACAUUGGCAAACGAGUCAGCAGUAACUUCACGUGUGGCGAGUGGCGACCAUCCAAAACUGCGGUCAACAGUCGUGGCGUAGGUGUCUACUAUGGGUUGGGCUAUCGCUUUGCACGGUGGCGCCGGUGACAUUCCCCGGGAUCUCCCUCAACAACGCCGCCAGCCCAGAGAGGCCGCCCUCCGCCACUGCUUAGAGAUCGGCGUCGCCGCCAUCAAGGCCAACAAAUCCCCCUUGGAUGUCGUUGAACUCGUGGUUCGCGAACUGGAAAAUAUUCCAUGCUUUAAUGCCGGUAGAGGUUCUGUUUUGACAAACAGCGGGACCGUUGAAAUGGAAGCUUCCAUCAUGGAUGGCAAUACGAAGAGGUGCGGUGCUGUUUCCGGUCUCACUACAGUUGUCAAUGCCGUGUCUCUAGCAAGGCUGGUCAUGGAGAAGACUCCGCAUAUAUAUCUUGCUUUCGAGGGGGCCGAGGCAUUUGCAAGGGAACAGGGUGUUGAAACUGUGGAUACUAGCCAUUUCAUCACUCCCGAGAAUAUUGAGAGGCUAAAGCAAGCAAAAGAAGCAAACCGAGUUCAGAUCGAUUAUACACAACCCAUGCCUAAAGUUGAGAAAGAAGAAACGAUUCCUAAUGGGGAUAGCCAAAUUGGAACAGUUGGAUGUGUAGCCGUUGAUGGUAAUGGUAAUUUGGCUACUGCGACUUCUACUGGUGGAUUAGUGAACAAGAUGGUGGGAAGGAUAGGUGACACACCCGUUAUCGGUGCUGGGACAUAUGCCAAUCGAUUCUGUGCAGUUUCUGCAACCGGUAAAGGGGAAGCAAUUAUCCGUGCUACUGUAGCGAGAGAUGUAGCCGCUCUGAUGGAGUACAAAGGGAUUUCUCUCGAGGAGGCAGCCGAUUACGUCAUACAGGAGUGCGCUCCGAAGGGCACUGCAGGUCUGGUCGCGGUUUCUGCCACUGGAGAGGUCACGAUGCCAUUUAACACAACCGGAAUGUUUAGAGCUUGUGCAACCGAGGAUGGUCAUCGCGAAGUUGAAAUUUGGUAAUCAUGCAUUAUUCCUAGUAGAACUUUGUUUCUUCAUUUAUGUUUAGAUCCCCGGGACAUCUUGUGAUAUCUGUUCUGCAUUAUCUUUUAUUCUUGGCUGGGAGUCAUAACUCAUAAUUUUCAUUUUUACUCUAUGCUCAGAAGAUAUUAGUCUAGUUCAGAAGUUAAGAUAGUCAAAAUUUGAGGCAUCUUUGUUGGUCA